AUGAUUCCACUCAAAUCACUUUUGAACAACAGCUUUGAAGGUUACCCUAACCAGAACGGGCUCAACGGAGAGGAAGAACUACCAGUUCAAAAUGUUUCUUCGAAUAAGCUUCAGAAUUCUCGACUUAUCGAGUCAUCUUGGGAGCACGUAUGGGGACAGUUGUUGCAUCAAGAUAUUCCUGUAGAUAGUUAUGUCUUUGAAACGAACGAACGUGAGAAUGGUGCUGACACUUUGAAUGACAACGUCGAAAGUAGCAUCGAGUCCUGGGCAGUGCAGUCCAUGGCACUAUCUAUUGCCUCAAUUGUCCCAUCAACGCAAUUCACAACCUGUCAAGAGAGUCUUUUGUGCUAUGGAAUGUGUCUCAAUUCUUCUUUUCAGGGAUGGUCUGAAGUCAUGAUUUCUUUUACCACACCUAUGGACAGCUCUAACUUCACCACGAACAGCAUGUCACUAAUCUAUCGAGAGGCAGUCAGACUCCGCGGAAACAUGUCAGAUAUCGAUGCAAGAUUAAAGCAUGGUCCAGAUGUGCGAUUCUUUUGUGACUUCAGACUCAAAAGAUCACCGUCGAAUGACUCCGAUGUUUGUCUCUACUUUGUUGAUGGUACUGAAUUUGGUGUCCUUAAUACUCAAUUGAGUAAAGCUCUAGGAAGCCUUGUUCAAAAGCCGACUAUUGAAUUUGAAGUAAUUGUAUCCGUUCAAGCAAUCAAGGAGAUAAUUGGGAGGGUCACAAAAGCAGCCGAUGCUGUAGUGCGUGUUAAUAUCAAUGUGUUCGGUCCCAGCCACGAUCGUGACGAUGUUGGGCUGCAUUUAUCUAGUCACAAAGUUUUCCUGCAACACCCAGACAAAUUGCGAAGUGGAUCAGAAUAUUCGAACCCUCAAGUCAUUCGAUUUCCUGGUUUAAAUGCGUCGGAUUACGAAAUCCAAUCGAAAAUUGGUACCGAUAGAACAUCGAAAUCAGACGCCGCCAAAGUGUUUAACGAUGCAAUCACCAACAUGUACUCGUCUCUCACCAGAGGCUCAAAACUGAGCAAAGUUGAAGGAGACCGGCGGCUCAAAACUACGUUGCUUCCGCAUCAAAAAGAAGCGCUCGACUUCAUGUUACAGCGAGAGAAUGGGCCUGUUCCUCCAGAAUUUCGAUUGUGGAAGGAAAAAGAGGCAUUCAAUAUUAAUUCUUACGUCCACACGAUCACCAAAGCAAAAAGCCAUGUCUUACCCAACGAAACUGGUGGGGGCAUUUUAGCUGAUGAAAUGGGCAUGGGGAAAACGUUGUCUACUUUGGCACUCAUUACUCAUACCCUCGAUAAAGCUUAUGACUGGUUGAACGAGGCAAAUACCAUUGCAGAGAGCUCUGGGAGACGAACGGCUUGCAGAGCGACUCUGAUUCUUGUUCCUUCGGCGACGCACAUAAUUCGGCGGCAAGUCACUACAUUUUUCAAAGCUGUCGCAGAUCUCAAAGCAAAAUCACGAUGGUGCCUUACGGGAACACCGAUUCAAAACAAAUUGGACGAUGUAGGCUCUCUAUUUGCUUUUAUACAAGCACAUCCUUUCCACAACAUCGCCAUGUUUCGCCGAUUCAUUUCAACACCAUUCGAUGAAAGUCAGACAGGGAGAGAGAGUGCCACGAGAGAUCUCACACUGUUACUAGAUUCCUUAUGCUUGCGACGUUCCAGGGAACUUUUGCAUUUGCCGACCCCACAGCAUAUUCUUCGAUCUCUCGAGUUCUCAAAUGAGGAAAGAGAACAAUACAAUCAGACGAUCAACGUCAUGAAUCGAGCCCUUCGACACGGUGUCGGGGAAUCGUACAGAAAAAACAUAUUUGGAAUGUUCCAAGUCCAACUCCAGCUUCGAAUAUUUUGCAAUCAUGGGACAUAUCAACGGCCAUUUUCGUGGAAUAAUAGGAGCCAGCUAGAUGAGAAAGAAGAUGCCCUAUGUUCUGUUGGAGACGAUAGAGAAGUUCAUUGCUCAGCUUGUAGACAAUCUAUGAGUGUGAUGUAUGCCAAAGACCUUUAUCAGACUUAUCCAGGCCAUUGCGCGCACAUUAUCUGCAACGAGUGUUCUGAUCCGGAUGAGCCAACGGGGGGAAAGAGAAAACACAGAAGUCAAGAGUGUCCACUAUGCGGGAAUACCGGUGAUCAUUCUUCUGAUCAGCAGUUACAUCCGCCGCAAGAAGAAAGCGGAAAUUAUCUAAGACACGAAGGCUUUUCGACGAAGAUGGAGGCUUUGAUUAAGGAUGUUCGAAAAGAUUUGUGGGAGACCAAAAGCAUAGUGUUCUCUUGCUGGACAAACACUCUGAAUCUCAUUGCAAGGUACCUUGCGAAGGAAGACAUUCCUUUCAUGCGCAUUGACGGAAACACAACUCUUGCUCGUCGUCAACGGAUACUAGAUGAUUUCACUAGUUCAUCCGCCAUCCCAAUUCUCAUUAUGACAACAGGAACAGGUGCUUACGGCCUCAACCUCACUGCUGUAAAUCGAGUCUUCAUCAUCGAACCGCAAUGGAAUCCCAGUGUAGAGAACCAAGCAAUUUCUAGGGCCAUAAGAAUGAACCAGAAAAGAUCAGUGCUGAUCAUUCGAUAUGUGAUUGAGGCGAGCGUCGAACAGGAGAUGCGUUCGCAACAGACGAGGAAAUUGAUGAUUGCUGAAAUUGGGAACAACAACAGUGGCUAG